UUUCAUUACUAUGAUCAAAUCUUUCGCGCCCUAAAAUUGCCCUAAUUCCCAAUUUCUAUCCUCGAAUGCCGAUCAAGUCUGAAUCCUGAUUUCUCCCAACCCAAUCACUCGAAUCGAAAUCUAAAUAUUUUCAAAAGUUCUUCUUCUAAUCCUGUUUUACUGUAAAUUCGAAUGUACGAGGAAGCCGAACUCCUUGAUCGUGUAUAAUUCGAAAAGGUGCCAACUUUCUGGGCUUCGAGAUGGACGCCAAGGACAUCUUGGGAUUGCCGAAGAACGCAUUGCCCAUACCCCAAGAGAAGAAAUCUCGUACGCCGAAGGACUCCCAGCGAAAGCCCGAUGGCAUCUCUCGCGAGGUUUAUGCGCUUACAGGAGGUCUGGCGCCUCUUAUGCCAGCAAUCGAUACUUCUCAGUUGAAGAAGCGGCCACCAGCAGACGAGAAGAUAACAUGGCAGUGGCUUCCAUUUACUAGUUCUGCUCGAAAAGACAAUCUGCAGCUUUAUCACUGGGUCAGAGUUGUGAAUGGUGUUCCUCCCACGGGUGAUUAUUUGUUUGCCAAGUAUAACAAGUCUGUUGAUGUUGUCAAAUACACAGAUGAGGAGUAUGAGAAGCAUUUGACCAAUCCUAUGUGGACCAAGGAAGAGACAGAUGUGUUGUUUUCCUUGUGCGAACAGUUCGAUCUUCGGUUCAUCGUGAUUGCUGACAGGUUCCCAUCCUCUCGAACAGUGGAGGAAUUGAAGGAUCGUUAUUACAGUGUUUCUCGAACUAUAUUGCUUGCUAGAGAUCCAUCUUCUGCAGAUGUUUCAGGGCAUCCUCUUGUUAAGGAAACUUACAAUAUGUCACAAGAGAUAGAACGCAAGCGUGCAUUAUCCAUGGUUCUAUCACAGACAAAGCAGCAAGAGAAGAAAGAUGCCGAGGUCCUUGCCGAAGCAAAAAGAAUACUCGAGUCUCGGAUGCUUGCGCGGGUUGCUGAGGAGACUGAGUUGCCUGCUACAGAAAAUGUUGGUUCAGAAAAUCCUGACAGAGCUGUUACUCAAGGUGAUACCAUAUCACCUUCAUCCAAUGAUCAGAUUCCUUCUGGAGCAAUUGUUCCAUCAAGUCUAGUGAUGGCAGAUAAUGCCUCUACUUUAUCUUCUUUGCGCAUGCUUCGGGUGUAUUUGAGAACAUAUGCACUUGAGCAAAUGGUGCAAGCUGCAAGCUCAACUGCUGGACUUCGAACUAUCAAGCGUGUUGAGCAAACUUUACAAGAUCUCGGGGUCAAUUUAAAACCAAAGGUUCCAACAAAAGCUGUUUGUUCAGAGCAUCUUGAAUUGAGAAAAGAAAUAUUAACUCUGCUGAAUCUUCAGAAACAGUUACAGUAUAAGGAAGCAGAAGGCUCAUCUUUUCGUGAAACUGAAACACCGGACACUCCCAAGAGGGCGCAAGGUGAUCAGGAUCGAACAUUUGUUCCAGAUUCCACGAGUUUUGGAGGGGAAAGGGUUGGCAAAAGGGACCAUAAACGCAAGGGACCUGGAAGGUCAUCAGAGGCUCCAUCUUCACCAGCCCAGAAUAAAAGGCCUAGAAAAUUGAAGGCUUCAGAUCAAUAAUUUUAUAGUAUUGAGAAGGAUUAUUGCCAUCAGGAUUAGGAGCUGCUAUGCUGGGGUUGACUUGUUGCCAGUAUUUGGUGAAGUCUGUUCCAGAGAUCUGAAGGGGUUGUUGGAUGCAGAUCUAUGCUUCAAUUAGGGAGACUAUUCACAUGUUGUUUUAUGUAUGCUAAAUUCGACAUAAUUGCGAAUUAUUGAGGAGAGCAUCAGAUUUGAGGCUGAAACUCCAUUGAUGAACACACCAAUGCAGACUGUGAUUUUGUUCUAAGCGCUUUCCAGUGGUGCUAGUAGCUGUUUCUUUGUAAUCUGAACCUUACUUCUGUAAAUAAUUUAUUCUUUCCUAAAGAAUCGAUCUUUCCCUGAUA